AUGUUUGCCGUGUGGGCCGUCGCUCUGCUCUGCUUGGUGUCUCUGAGCCGAUCUGCCGACCCGGCCUGUGAGGACCUGGUCAGGCCUGUGGAUCCACUGGAUCCUGCUCAUUUGGAGGGCGCACGGUCCAUAGUCGCAGGUAGUAUGACCACUCCUGAAUAUGCGGAGAAAUUCAAGACCAGAGACUCUGCCAGCAUCAGCUUUGUCAACGGAACCUCCUUCUCGCGCGUCUUCAGAUCCAAUGACAGCUGUCAGUAUCUGAACUCCAACAUCACAUUAGAGGGCAGCAGCUUCAACUUCCAUCAGUAUAACAUCACCGUGACCUUCCUCCAGACGUCCUGUCCGGACUGUCUUCUGCUGCGCUUUGACAACAUGUCGAAGGAACUCCAGCGCCUGUACCUGUUCAGCAAGAGGAGGGAGGUGGAGCAGAAGGAGAUGGACGAGUUCGCGGCGCAGGCCCAGUGUUUGAACAGUCUUCCGCCUAUCGUGAUGGAUCCUACAAAGCCGCUCUGUCCCGAGGAGAUGUCCAACGAUGCAGAGGCUCAACCUGACAAGAAAACAGAGUAA